CGCGCUUCCCGCCGCGGCCAUGUCUCGGCAGAGCACCCUGCUCCGCUUCUUCUCCAAGGCCGCCCCGCCGCCGGCCGGCACCGAGCCCCGCCGCCGCCGCUCCUCGGGGGAGCGGAACGGCCUCCAGGCCGCCGGCAGCCUCCCGGGCGGGGCGGGCCGAGCGGCGGCGCGGCGCGGCGAGAACGGCGUGAAGGGCGCGGGGGGUGGCGCGGCCGCCAAGGCCCCCAGUGUGUCCUGUGAGUACUCUCCUGGGGACUUGGUGUGGGCUAAGAUGGAAGGUUAUCCCUGGUGGCCAUGUCUCAUUUACAACCACCCCAUUGAAAGAACAAUAGUCAGAGGAAAAGGAAAAUCCACUCGUAUCCAUGUGCAGUUCUUUGAUGACAGCCCUACAAGGGGUUGGAUCAGUAUUAAAUACCUGAAGCCAUAUAAAGGUUCAUCAGAUGGGGAGACAAUGAAGGGAGGUAUGUUUUACAGCACAAAGCCUGAAAUUAAAAGAGCCAUGGUGUUGGCAGACGAUGCCAUGAACAAAGAUAAAACCAAGAGGCUUGAACUGGCAGUAUGCAAUGAACCUUCAGACACAGAGGAGGAGGAAGAGGAAGAAAUGGAGGAGAUGAGCGAAAAUGCAUCGGGCAACAGUGAAGACUGCAAUAGUGAGGAGGAUGCGAAAAGCAAUAAGCGAGGGAUGAGCAGGGAAAGUGCUGUAAAAGCCAAGAGAAGGAGAGUGCUGGAUUCUGACAGUGACCACGAUGGCUCUGAUGUGGAGUUCAAGCCUGAUGGGAAAGAAGCAGCAAGCAGUGAGGAAGGCAGCAGUGGGGUGGAUGAAAAUGAGUCUUCUGACACAGAGGCAGAGAGUGUUGCAGAGAGCCCCGUAAAAGUCCCUUCUAAACGAAAGAGAGGAGAGGUGAAAAAGCCUGCUAAAAGGAGUAGCUUGGGAAAUGAAUGUUCUGAAACACCCAAAAGAGCCCCAACAGUCUCCUCAGAAGCCAAGUCUAAGCUGACAUCGUUUGCAGCACCUGAAAGUUUUGAGUCUCAAGCAAAUGCUAGCAGUGGAGGCACUGGUGGCUUCUCAGUGUGGGAGCACGAAAAGCUUGACUGGCUGCAGGAAGGGAAGAGGAAGGAUGCGCACAGGAGGCGCCAGGGUGACCCUGAUUACGACCCCUGUACUCUGUAUGUGCCUGAGGAUUAUCUCAACAAGUGCACGCCGGGGGUGCGGAGGUGGUGGCAGCUCAAAAGCCAAAACUUUGAUGCUGUGAUUUGCUACAAGGUUGGAAAGUUCUAUGAGUUGUAUCACAUGGAUGCAGUCACUGGCGUGAAUGAGCUGGGCCUGAUCUUUAUGAAGGGCACUUGGGCCCACUCAGGUUUCCCAGAAACUGCAUUUGGCCGGUUCUCUGAUGUGCUGGUGCAGAAGGGCUACAAGGUGGCGCGCGUGGAGCAGACGGAAACGCCCGAAAUGAUGGAAGCACGCUGCAAGUCAACGGGCCACUCCACCAGGUUUGACAAGGUGGUGCGCCGGGAAAUCUGCAGGAUCAUCACCAAGGGAACCCAGACCUACAGCGUCAUGGACUGCGACCCCUCCGAGAACCACAGCAAGUUCCUGCUGUGCGUGAAGGAGAAGGAUGACUCGGCCGGGACGCGCGUGUACGGGGUCUGCUUUGUCGACACCUCCGUGGGCAAGUUCCACGUUGGCCAGUUCCCAGACGACCGUCACUGCUCCAGAUUUAGGACUUUGGUAGCUCAUUACACUCCUGUGCAGGUGCUGUUUGAGAAGGGGAACCUGUCUGUGGACACACAGAAGAUACUGAAGGGCUCGCUUGUUUCUUGCAUUCAGGAAGGGCUGACCUCGGGUUCCCAGUUCUGGAAUGCAUCUAAAACACUAAAAGUCCUUCUUGAGGAAGGAUAUUUCAAGGAGAAGCAGAAUUCUGAAAAUGGAUGUUCUCUGCCCUCUGUAAUCAAAUCUCUGACUUCAGAAAGUGACUCCCUGGGAUUAACUCCUGGUGAAAACAGUGAAUUAGCUUUGUCAGCUCUUGGGGGAUGUGUCUUCUAUCUCAAAAAAUGUCUGAUUGAUCAGGAGCUGUUAUCGCAGGCGAACUUCGAGGAAUAUGUCCCUGUGGAUAUCACUACUGCAAAAACCGUGAGUUCAAGUAGUUUGUUUGCCAGAACCAGCCAGCGGAUGGUGCUGGAUGGAGUCACCCUGAUGAACUUGGAAGUCCUGCAGAACGGAACCAAUGGAAGCACAGAAGGUACUUUGUUGGAAAGGAUUGAUUCUUGUUGUACACCAUUCGGGAAGCGACUCCUGAAGCAGUGGCUCUGCGCUCCGCUUUGUAAUCCUAAAUCCAUCAACGAUCGUUUGGAUGCUGUUGAGGACCUCCUGGCAGUGCCAGAUAAAAUGUCUGAAGUCAGUGAGCACCUGAAGAAACUGCCUGACCUUGAAAGGCUGCUCAGCAAAAUUCACAGCAUUGGGUCACCACUCAAAAGUCAGAACCAUCCUGACAGCAGGGCCAUCUUCUAUGAAGAACUCAAAUACAGCAAAAAGAAAAUCGCUGACUUCCUGUCUGCCCUGGAGGGAUUUAAAGUAAUGAAUGAAAUUGUCGAUGUCAUGGAGGAGGUUGCCAGUGACUUCAAAUCCAAAGUCCUGAAGCAGCUGGUCACCUGCAAGGCCAAAAAUCCCGAUGGCCGCUUUCCUGACCUGAGUGCAGAGCUCACGAGGUGGGACACUGCCUUUGAUCACAACCAGGCUCGGAAGACAGGAGUGAUUACCCCAAAGGCAGGUUUUGACCCCGAUUAUGAUGGAGCACUACAGGAUAUCAAAGCUGUCGAGGAAGAUCUUCAGAAGUACCUGGAUAAGCAACGCAAGCUGCUUGGGUUCAAAUCUGUGCAGUACUGGGGGACAGGCAAGAACCGGUACCAGAUGGAAAUCCCAGAAAGUGCUGUAUCUCGUAAUCUGCCCGAGGAAUACGAGCUGAGGUCGAGCAGGAAGGGAUACAAGCGCUACUGGACCAAGGAGAUUGAGAAGAUGCUGGCUGCGAUGGUGAACGCCGAGGAGCGCCGCGACGCCGCCCUCAAGGACUGCAUGAGGCGCCUCUUCUACAACUUCGACAAGAACAGCAAGGACUGGCAGACAGCUGUGGAGUGCAUUGCUGUGCUGGAUGUCUUGAUGUCCCUUGCUCACUACAGUCAAGGUGGUGAUGGACCCCUGUGCCGACCUGUAAUUCUGCUGCCUGUGGAAAAUGCUCCUCCCUUCCUGGAACUUAGAAAUUCCCGCCAUCCGUGCAUCACAAAAACUUUCUUUGGGGAUGAUUUUAUUCCCAAUGAUAUCGUAAUUGGCAUCAAGGAUGAAGGCAGCAGCAGUGAGGCCUCCUGUGUGCUGGUAACUGGCCCAAAUAUGGGUGGCAAAUCUACGCUUAUGCGACAGGCUGGUCUCCUGGUGGUCAUGGCCCAGCUGGGGUGCUACGUGCCCGCGGAAGCCUGCAGGCUCACGCCCAUCGACCGCGUGUUCACGCGGCUCGGCGCCUCCGACAGGAUCAUGGCCGGUGAAAGUACCUUCUUUGUUGAACUGAGUGAGACUUCCAGCAUUCUCCAGCAUGCAACAGAGCAUUCCCUUGUUCUCGUGGAUGAACUGGGCAGAGGCACAGCCACGUUUGACGGAACAGCCAUAGCGAGCGCGGUGGUGAAGGAGCUGGCGGAGAGCAUCCGGUGCCGGACGCUGUUCUCCACUCACUACCACUCCCUGGUGGAGGACUAUUCCCACAGCGGGGCUGUGCGCCUGGGCCACAUGGCAUGCAUGGUUGAAAAUGAGAGUGAAGAUCCAAGUCAGGAAACAAUUACGUUCCUGUACAAGUUCAUUGAAGGAGCCUGCCCAAAGAGCUACGGCUUCAAUGCGGCAAGACUUGCAGAUAUUCCAGAGGAUGUCAUUCAGAAGGGGCACAGAAAAGCCAAAGAAUUUGAAAAAACAACCCUCUCACUUAGAGUAUUUAGGUACCUGUGCCAGGUGGUGGAUGGAGCAACCAGUGAUGCAAACGCAGUUCGGAAACUCACAGCGAUGAUCAACCGGCUUUAGGAACUCGCAUGGGUUUCUCAAGAAGAACAACUUCCUGGAGCUGUCUGGCAUUCAAACCAUCAUUCCCAUCUCGUCCAAGAGGCUCCUGUCUCAUGCACACUUCCCCACCAUACAAGAGAAUUUUAUGUAUGUAAACUGUUCAUAUUUUCUGAAAAAAGUGUUUUGGGACUGUGAGUAUUCAUGCUUUUAGAUCCUAAAAGCCAAGUGAGGCAUGUUUCUUUACUGGGCACUUGUUUUUGGAUAUGCAAGAAAAAGACCUUCCAUUGUACUAACUCAGAAGUCUGAGAUGGGCCAAAGAUCAGGAACCAGUUCAGAAGUGAUUUUGAGAGAAGAGCUUAUCACAGUUUUAAUAUGACAGCAAAGCCUUAAGCUACCUCUGGAAGUGUCUGUCUAAAAAUCUUAACACAGCUUAAUGUGGCUCAUUACCUUCACCUGAACCUUAGUCACAACUCAGCCUAAGGUGGUACCAACUGUGAGCCCCAAAGGGUACGAUAAACCCAAGACCCAGCACCAAACAAAUGACCAAACACAAGCCAGGAGGACUCGGGCUCACCUUUCAUCGUGACAUUGACACCAGAUGCUAGAAAUAAACCUCCAAAGCGGUUGUUGAAAAUCUGAUUGCCUUCUAAUGUUGCAGUCGCAUGAUUUGUUAUUUCAAUACCUUUAGUGGGUCAGGGGAACAAAGGAGAGAAAAAAGAGUGGCAAAGUUAAAUCCCUGGUGGUUGUGCAUUGGUACCUCUCUCGUGAUCUACAGCUUGGUUGGUUGGUUGGUGUUUUUUUCAAGCCAUCAUAAACUCAAGGGGAAGAAAGGCAAAUGACACAGCUACAAAACUGCACUGUAAUUUGUUACCAAACUAAGGUUAAAGUGCUGCUGUUGAAUCCUUUCAAAGAGCUACAGCUGGCAUGCAUGGUUUCUGGGAGGAACAACACACUACUAGUUUAACUGAUAAUAUAAUGGUACUAUGAUCAUGUACAUUUUCAAAGGGGAUAUGAUUUUUGGGUUCUUAGAGCUGUCAUCUUCAUGUACAUUUGAAAGUUCUUGUGCACAUACCUUACCCUUUUUAAAAUAUCUUUUUUAAAAAGUUCUCAAGAUGGGCACCUAAAAUUCAUUUCUUUAAUUCUUAGCUUUUAUCAGUAACCCGUGUCUUCCAAGUCAUUUGUCCAGGACUGCUCUUGACAGCAACCUAUCCUUCCCCCCCACCACACUGAAACAACACCUUUAGAGGUUCUUCUCAGAAAACUUGCUUCUUCUGAAAGAAAGAUGGGAGAAAACUCAAGAAUGCAAUUUUAGUUGAAAUGGAAUGGAAUGCAAGACGUAUGAAACUGUAAUGAUUAAACAGUAAAAUUGCAAAAAAUCACUGUUAAA